AUGACAGUCUCGCCGGCGGGUACGAAAGCUGGCUCUGACCGUGGCGGUGUUGUGAACCAAGUCCCGUCGGGGAAAUCGCUAGAAUUGCCGGAUGUGAAUGCCAACAAUAUGCCACCUAGAAUUCAACCAUCGACCGCUCGGAAGAGUAGCACAGGCGGAUCCCAUGACUGUGACACUCUGAGCAGUUAUCUCAACCCAUCACAGAAGUCCCCGAUACCUCCACGAGAACGCUCUUUGCUGAGACGAUUUUCGUUACUCCCUCAACCUGUUGAACCUAUAUGUCUGCAUAGGCACUCAUUAGCCGUCGAGCCAGUCAGAAACCUCAAUCACAAAUUCUCGUCACCCCGCGGACAGCUAAACCAAAUCCACACAACCAGCCGUCACUCGCUCCAUCGACCCAUUCUUUCUUCUCCCUUGACGGAGGUUGCUUUUUCAAGCACCAAUACAUCCUCCACGUCUCUGACAAAGUGCGAUUCGGACAUGCCGGAGCGGCCCAAGUUCAAACCCUCCCGCAUUUCUUCGUCCCCAGACAUUCCUUCCACGGUCGAAGCCAUAUACAGGCCACGUGGUAGCCGCGCAUCCAGUUACACAAGUCCUCGGAGACCGAGUUCUAUUAACUCUCUUGCAUCUUCGUCGUCAACCCUCGAUGUCGCUUCGCCCCCCGAAUCUUCUGCGGCAGCUGCUCCCCAACCUCGCCCGCGACCGCGACCGCGACCACGACCCAGCACUCACCGCACUCGUUACUCUUACACAAAUAAUCCAUAUCUCACGCACCCUCAAUCGAACAAACGACCAAUAUGGUCGCCGAAUCAUAAGCCUUUCUAUGACAGAUACCCGCCAUCGCCGAGUCCAAGAUUAUCUACGUCGCUAUACAGGAACAGUUCUCAAUCAUUAGGCUCGCGUCCUCCGUCAUUUCACCCAAUUCCACCAGCACUCGGCCCUAUCCGGCGUUCUCACUCUCUUAAUUCCUCUAAUGCCUCUCUCCAACCCGCGACUAAUUCCAGCCAGCGCCCUAGUUCCCAUGCAACACCAGCGAAGGCCAAGGAACCACUUACUGCUGAUCAGCACUGGAAUUUGGCACACGCUUUCGCUUUCACACCCAGGUUUAGCAGGCUUGGACUAAAGGGUGAAGGUGUAAUAUUACCUAUCCAUGCAAAAGACUUCCGCAAGGCGAGGCGCAAUACAUCGAUGAAGUCGAACGAAAACAGCAAUCCGGCUUCCGGUGAAGCUCGUACCGUUCGAGAAUCCAUUCCUCCACGGCCGUCGUCAGCACCUCCAUCAGCACCUCCCGUUGCAGCAGUUCCUCCCACAACCGCCUCUCCACCUCGCAAACCGGGGCCUAAUAAGCUUCGAAAGUCUCGCCCUCCCUCGUUGUCUCGCCCAGCAACCCCACGUAAUCCCUCGAUUCCACAAACGAAUGCCAAUGCCAAGGUCCCUGUGAAGCGCGCCGUUAGCCAGAAAGUAAAUAAGUCCGAAGUACAACCAGGAGAUGUUCGUCGAUCGCAGUCACUCAGCGUCUCCGGCACCUCCCGUCGGCCCACUUCAAAUUAUAACCAGCGACAUAGAUCACAUUCUGGGACUUCGACACCGGUGAAGAGAAAGGAACCACUUACUGCUGACGAGCACUGGAAUUUGGCGCAUGCAUUCGCUUUCACACCUAGAUUCUCAAGGCUCGAGCUGGAGGCUGAAGGUGUAAUAAUGCCCAUCCAUGCGAGAGACUUCCGCAGGGGCAGGCGCAAUACAAUCUCGAACGGACACCCAAGUCGUACCGUACGACAGCCCACCCCUUCAAGGCCGCAACCCAUGCCGCAACCAGUGGCUCCUCCUGUUACAGUACCUCUCUCCCCCGUCGCUCCUCUAGCGCGCAAAGCAGGUCCCAAUAAGCUACGGAAGUCUCGACCGCCUUCGCUAGCGGGGUCGGCAACCUCGCGUGAACCCUCGAUUCUACUCACCAAUAUGGUCGCCAAGGACACCGUCAAGGGCGCCACCGAGACUCAAGACGAGGAAGUAACAAGGCCUGAAGUUACAGAGUUGCGAACAGAGAAGGAUACCCCAGACUAUUUGGUCCAGAAUUCCGCUUCCUGCCCCUCCAUCAGAGUUUUCUCUGCUGACGACCGACGAGACUCUGUAGUGUCUUCUGAUGGAGCUUCGUCUUACUUUACCACUCCUUCUGGCUCCUCGUCUCUCUUCCAAUCGUCGUCUCGGUCAAGCUCAUCUUCGGUGCUGGAAUUUACGACAAGAACGCCUGACUCUCUUGCUAUUGAAGAGGUCGUUGCGGUACCAAACGAUGAGCUAUCUCUCAAUACACUGACACCUCCACCUACUACAAGGACGCCUGAUUCUCUGGCUGUCGAGGAAGACGUUGCUCUAUCAAACGAUGAACUAUCCCCGCCACCAGCGCCUCCACUCUCCGAACAAUCUCCCUCUCCGCCAGCGUCACUAUCCUUGGUCCGAUUAUUGGCUUCUCCCAUUCCUCCACCGCGUGCUUUAUCCCAGCGCGAUUCUGCUCCUCCAUCUCCCCUCGUCGAUCUUCCCUCCCUGCGUUCACUUCCUAGCAUUCCUGGCGUCAACGAUACCCUUGAUGCAGAUAGAAAAGUAACGCCACAAGCAGAUGCAAACAAAACUGGGUUGAUGCGGCGGUUCACUCUUAGGUUGAAGUCCUUGAAGCGGAAUAAUGCGGCUCGGGAGAAGGUCCGCCCGAACCAGGGCUCGGAGCAAAGCGAUCGUAAGGUUGAUCCCGAGUUGCCAAUGGUCAUUCGGCCGCCGUCCAGCAGGAAGUUGAGGAAGAAGCGACGCCCGACUCCCUCAGUUUUGGCGCAUUGA